AUGCAAGCCCCGGAUAACGGCGGUGCUGCUGCAGGCACGAGGGGCCCCGGGGGCCCCCCAGGGUCUUCAAGGGGCCCCAUUGGGUGCCUAGAUGCUCUGCCUUUCCAGCAAGCGGAGAGGGCCCUGAGGCUGGAGCAGCAAACGAGCAGGGACCCGCUGCAGCAGGAGGAGCUGCUGGUGCAGCAGGAAGUGCUGCUGCGCAAGGUGAAGCCCCAGGCGCAUGCAGCAAAGCUGGGGGCCCUCGAGCUGCUGCUGCAGCAGCACCCCCAACUCUAUACUUACCAGCAGCAACUCUACAGCUUCCCAGGAACUCGCCAAGAAGAAGCUGUGGGCGCGCUGGUGCUGCUGCCCCUGCGGGAGCUGUUGGCCUUUAAACGACUCCGCAAAAGUAAGUGCAGCAGCAGCAGCAGCAGCGGCAGCAGCUGCAGCAGAGCUGCGGCGGAGUUGCUGCAGCAGAGCUGCAGCAGCUGCUGCUUAGCUCGCCUUCAGCGGGUGUGCCGACACGCCUCCCACUGUGUCCGCAUAUCUGCUGCUGCGUGCUGCUGCUACGUGUUGCUGCUGCGUGCUGCUGCUGCAUGCUGCUGCUGCGUCUAG